CGUGUACCGUCACUUCUCGCGAGAGGAAGCGUGAUUUCCCUUCCUCCCAGUCAGACUGGAAGAGCCGCGCCGGCGGUGCUCCGAGCAAUGGGAGUGGGGAGAUGCCCCGUCACUGCUCUGCGACUGGCUGCUGCACCCGUGACACACCUGAGACACGUAACCGAGGCAUUUCCUUCCAUCGACUACCAAAGGACAAUCCACGGCGAGGGACAUGGUUGGAGAACUGUCGGAGAAAGGACUUGAGCGGCCAAGGUCUCUGGGACCCUGCCUCUAAGUAUGUUUACUUUUGCUCCAAGCACUUUGAGAAGAGUUGCUUCGAAUUGGUAGGCACCAGUGGUUACCAUCGGCUCAAGGAGGGUGCUGUUCCUACUAUAUUUGAGUUUCAUGCCAAACCACGCCAAAAAUCAAAGCUAGGCAGCUCCAGACUUGCAAAACGGCAGCAGAAGCAGAGCUGCAAUCCAUGUCCAGAGGAGUCUGCUCCAAUGUGCACAGAUAUCUCCUGCUUCCCAGCCCAAGAGCUGCCGAGUCCUGGAGCUGCUCCCACUAGCGGUGAGCCUCGAAGCCAGCCCAUCCUUUCUGGGCCAGAGCCGGAGCCCUUGGCGGCUUUGUCAGACAUUCCCCUGGAACAAUCACCGGCCGCUACGGCCCAGGAGGAAGCAUCUCCUUCUCCCGCUCUCCCAGAGCCAGUGGGCGAUCCAUCCCAUCCCGUGUCCCUUUCCCUCUACAUGCUGCGCCUCCCUCCUCCCGCUGGUGCCUACAUCCAGAAUGAGCACAGCUACCAGGUGGGUAGUGCCUUGCUGUGGAAAAGACGGGCCGAAGCUGCGCUCAAUGCUCUGGGGAAAGCACAGCGGCAACUACAAGCCUGUCGGCGUCGGGAGCAGCGACUCCGCCUGCGGAUCUGCGAGCUGCAGCGGGAACGGCAGCCACAUGGUGCUGAUGCGCAGCGGCGGCUUAAGGAACAUCUGCAGGUCUUCGAACUACAGCUACUCAAUGACUUGGAGUGAUUUUAGGAUGGGCCAAACCCAACAUUUCCCCUAAUGGCUCAUCUGCAGCUUUGGCUACAUAGGAUCCCUUCCUGGGUCAAGCGGUGUGCCCGAGCCUGAGGUUGUGUGAACUUGUGGGUCAGUGGGCACUUUCCUCCUUCCAUUUGACCACUCAUGUUUACUCUGUAUUUGUAAAUAAAGAUUGUUUUGUAUGAGUGA